ACUAUUCUUACGGAGUCCAGGAUCGCCAACCCCGACGUAACAAUGCUUGUGGAACGGACUUUAAAGACCUAGUUACUUUAAAUCCAGACCAUUUGUGAGCGGUUGGGAGAAUGUACAGGAAUUUUUAGGGGUCAGUAUCACGAGACACGUACUGUCUCACGCCACGUUUGGAGAACCGAGACUAUUCUCCAUAUCUGUUAGCUACACACCCGGAUUCUCACGUGCCAUAGUCUUUUUCUUCGCCGUUCAGGAUGUCGAGCAGACGUCUCGAGCAUCACGAAUGGUUCCACGGGCGAGUAACGCGUGAAGAGGCCGAAGAGCUACUCGAGCCAAUGCGAACGAUUAACGGAUGCUGGUUGCUGCGUGACAGUACGACGAAAACAGGUGACUACGCUCUCUCACUCUGCUACAAAGGACAGAAAUAUCACUACCAGAUCAGUCGACAUUCCGAUGGCCGUCUGUCGAUAGAGGACGGCCAGCGUUUUGAGAGUCCUGUCGAUCUUAUUGGGCAUCACAAGCUGCAUCAGGACGGUUUGUUGUGCAAGCUUAUGUCACCGUGCAGACGACGCACAGGAGUGGAAGUCCGUGGGUACAAGGAUGUGAGCUACGCCGAUAUGCAGGAGGCUCUUCGGGGUGUCGUACGGACUGUGUGGGGGUUAAAAGGUGAACAAGUUGAUGUUGCUUUGUGGAAGAAUCGUCCAAUGCUUGAACGGCUUGCGGGUGGAGUGCUGCAUGUCAGACAGCCAUGGUUUCAUGGCAAGAUAACUCGUGAAGAAGCUGAACGACGGUUGAGAUCAACAAGUAUGCCAAAUGGCUUGUUUCUUGUACGAGAAAGAGAGGGAGACUCGUUCGCACUUGGACUCUGUUUUCAACGUAUUGUCUAUCACUACUUGUUGGACAGAAAUGCUGAUAGUCAACUGUCUAUCCAGGAUGGCAGGAAGUUUGAUAAUCUUAUUCAGGUUGUUGAUCAUUAUUCAAGGAAACCGGAUGGUCUUCUCUGUUGUCUCAUGGAUCCAUGUCCUGUCACUGGGUUUGGUCCUUCGCUUAUUACGUCCAAUUCUCCAGUUGAAGAUGUAGAACCACCACAGCCAGAAUCUGUUCGUAAUCAACGACAACCUCCAAGAUCUUUUGUGCCGGUAUUGCCACCUAUAAGACCCAGUCGAUCUCCAGCAGACAUGAGACACCUAGAAGAACAAGGAGGCUUUAAAAGCAUUUACGAAGAACUACGAAUCCCCCAACAGUUUAAAUUGAGAAAGGAACAGUUGGCACUUGGGAAAGAGCUUGGUGGAGGUCAGUUUGGUUCUGUGUUACUUGGGACCUAUUCUAUGCCUGGUGAGAGAGAUAUCAAGGUUGCUAUUAAACAGCUGAAAGCAAAUGAUGUUCCGAAUGCAAGAGCAGAGAUACUGAAAGAAGCAGAUGCAAUGACGAGGUUGGAUCAUCCUCAUAUUGUACGGCUGAUAGGAGUUUGUCAUAGCACACCAAUUAUGAUGGUGCUAGAACUGUGUCCCUUUGGUCCUCUCAACAAGUACCUCAAGACACACAAAAAUAUGGCAAUUCUAAAAGUUCUUACUCUGAUGCAACAAGUUGCCAACGGAAUGGUUUACUUGGAUCGAAUGCGAUUUGUUCAUCGAGAUCUAGCUGCUCGUAAUGUACUCAUUGUCUCUGAAGAACCAAUUUUUGCAAAAAUUAGUGAUUUCGGACUGUCAAGAGCUCUUGGUGUUGAUAGCAACUAUUACAAGGCUGAUACAGCUGGAAAAUGGCCACUAAAGUGGUAUGCUCCAGAAUGUAUAUACUAUUCCAAGUUUGGCAACAAAUCAGAUGUGUGGAGCUAUGGUGUCACACUGUGGGAGGCAAUAUCAUUUGGAGAAAAGCCAUACAGAGGUAUGAAAGCACCUGAUAUAUUGAAAAUGCUUGAGAAGGGAGAGCGACUGCAUUGCCCUAAGGCCUGUCCAAAAUGCGUUUAUGAUGUGAUGCUGUGUUGCUGGGAGUUUACCAAAGAAAAUCGACCUGAUUUUGUGAUGCUAGAAAACAUGAUGAAGGACUGCGUUUCUGAGGUAGGGUCAGGCAACUUUGAGCUUGGUCCGUUUGAGGGUGCAUACUAUGUUGGUCGUCUUAAGUAGUAGUGAUUGAAUGUGACUGUCUGAGACAGGGUGCUUUGUUGCUGCAAUUCAUUUGAUUUUUAAUUGUUGCGUUGACCAGCCAACAGUACUGCUGCCAUUACCGAAAGACAUUGAUGGAAUUUUUGUUUGGCUUAGGUAGCGUAGAGUGUCAGAUAGUUGGAAAUCUAGUAGAUGGAGGAAAUCUAUGCCUUUGUCAGUUACAAUUGAA